GGGCGAUUCCGAGUUGAUCACUACCGUUUCACCUCUGUUCCCACCACCACUCAUUUGAAACAGCUGAUACAAGAUAGAAACUGUUUCCGACAAGAAAUGAAUGGUCAAACGGUUGAGCAAGGUCAUCAUAAUUUUGUACUAUAGCAUCACAUGUACUCCUGUGGAGUGAAGUUAAUGACGGACCAUUUUUUUUUUAUUUUUAUUGAGGGGGUGGUUGGGCAAUUACGUGAGGCAUGAAAUUUUUUUUCUUACCUUUAGGUUGUGCAUGAUUUUUUUAGCAGGCCAUUGUUUUGCAAGAUUUUUUUUUUAAGUCAAACAGGGAGCCUGUAUAAUAGAAAGCACAUACUCGAUUUUUUUUCGAUUUUUAGCCGUUUUUGCUGUGCAGGAAAUUGUUUUUUCGGAAAUGCCCAACACAACUCCUCCCCUCCCCCUCAAAAAAUGAUGGUCCGUCCCUUAUUUGACAUUAUCUUAUCGUUCGAAUACAUGUCUGUCGCACUCAGCCACCCAGUAUCAGCAUCAGUAUUAAGAUUUAUCAGAAGCAUAUCACCUAGGUGAUAUGCUUCUGAUUGGAGUUAAUCGCUUCUAGGUGAUAGGCUUGUGGAUUUAUAGAAUUGUGCAAGUGUUGAAUAAAAUGUUUUUUCGUCUUUCCCUCUUUCAGCGACUUAUCCUGACAGAGUUUAUCGUGUUGACGUAGCACAGGAAAAAAUAUACAAUGUGGUGGACAUUCUAGAGGAUGGAAUAUUCAUUGUCGACCUAAAGGAUGACUCAUUAAAGAAACAAACGAAUAACAAGAGCUCUACAGCUACGUCGUCGACUCGACUUAAAAGACCGCUGUCCGUUCCUGUAGAUCCUAUAACCAGGCCCUCGAAUCUUGGCAGUCGGUCACCAGUCACUUUGCCACCACCCAGGAUGUACAACAAUUCACUUGGAUCCAGUCCAUCCGAGAGCGUGGAGGAUAUUGUGGAAAGCACUAUCAUGACACCGUUUUCCGCUAAAGAGUUCAAGUUGCCAUCCCCAGAUGGAGAUGAAGCGGACGCCAUUUGGGUGAAGAACGAAAUCAUGAAGCGCAAUGAACACAGCAUGAUCGAGGCUUCCAAAAGUGGAGAAUUGGACAAAGUAAUCGCGUUACACCGUGGCGGCGCAAGUCUGUCAGCUGGUGAUCACCGUGGCUGGAGACCGCUACAUUACGCCGCGCGGCACGGUCAUAAGGAAGUGGUCAGAUACAUUAUCUCCAAUGUUCCACGAUGUGUUUUGGAUCUUGUCGAGGAAGAAAAGUAAGUAAAAAUAUGUUGAUGUGUUAUU